AGUUAGGCGUGUGGGGAGAACCGCUGGGGCUUAAAACCCCCGGGAGUAACAGCCGGGAAGUGUGCCCUGCUCUGUGAUACCUUUAGGACGGCUUAUGGGUUCGUGGAGAGACGCGGAGUGUCCGGGAGCAAGGUGUGUGAAUCAACCUAUCGUCACUGAAUCAUCACUUUAAUCAUACUGACAACCAUUGUAUGCCAGCUUGUCUCAAACUGGACUGAGGUGCUCCUGAUCAACCAGAUCUUUCAGGAAUUUUCAAAAAAGAGACUUUGGUGGGUAAAAGAUGUGCCAUGGAAUGGUAGCACCAAAGAGCAACACAGGAUCAUCUCUUGCCUUGACUAGACAUGGGAUAUGUCUUCUGCUAGUUAUCUUUGGUACCUUUAUCUUGGAAGCACAGGCCACAGGUUGGCUCAGCAAAUCCAAAGGACCUGCAUAUUGUCCCCAGCCACCACAGCCUGAGAAUGGAGGCUAUAAGUGCCACCCUAGCCCCUGCAACAACCCUCUGACAUCAGGCAGUGUCAUUGAGUAUCUCUGCGUCGAAGGCUACAUGCUGAAAGGAGAUUAUAAAUACUUGACCUGCAAGAAUGGAGAGUGGAACCCAGCCAUGGAAGUCAGCUGCAGGCUCAGUCCGGAAAAGGACUCUCCUCCAACAAUUGGAGUACCCACGCUGUCCAUAGUAGCCUCCACAGCAAGCUCUGUUGCCCUGAUUCUGCUCUUGGUUGUGCUGUUUGUUUUGCUGCAGCCAAAGCUGAAGUCAUUCCAUCAUAGCAGGCGAGACCAAGGUGUGUCUGGAGAUCAGGUCUCCAUCAUGGUGGAUGGUGUCCAAGUGGCCUUGCCAUCCUAUGAAGAAGCGGUGUAUGGCAGCACAGGGAACUGCAUUCCACCCUCGGACUCCCGAGUGCAGAUUGUGCUCUCGGAGGGAGCUGGUCAGAAUGGAGCCAGAGAAAUGCAACAGCAGGACCAAGGGGCUCACAAUAGCAUUGAAAGAGAAGACGAAGCCCCUGGACAUUCUGGACUGUGUGAGGCCAGUGGCUCUCAGCGCUCUGAAACUGUUCUUGUGCAUCAGGCUGCUACCUCUUCCUGGGUAGCUGGCAUGGCUAGCAGUAGACCUAUACGCAAAGAGGUCCAAGAUUCAGAAAGCAGUGACAUACAGAGCCUUUUAUCACUCACUUCCUCUGAGGAAUACACAGAUGAUAUUCCCUUAUUGAAGGAAGCAUGAGGCCUGCUGUAUUUGUCUAGCCUUCUCCUCUUGGAUUUCUUCCUCUUCCCUUCCCCCUGCCUUCAGGACAGAAGCACUCUGUGCAGCCUUCCCCGUCCUUGUGAGCUGUGCCCUGGAUACCUCCAAGCAGAGACGCCCUCAGCUGAAGAUCCAAAGGAUGUCGCCAGGUUGCCUCCUGGAUGCACCAGUGGAGUUGGUGCAGUGCUGGCUUCCCCAUUCCAUCAGCAUCAGGGGCUCAAGGAACAGAGUGGAUUUGAGCUCUCCUCUUCCCCAGCCAGAUGUUUGACAGCAGUCUCUGAAGAGCUGCUCUUUUCUUGUGCCUUUCUCCUCCUCACACCGGCUUGUUGCAGCUUAUCAGCCUCUCUAGCCCUUCCGCUGCCCAGAGAGCAGUGGCUAAAGCCGCUUGCUCACUGGGUGCAGACAGUUUAUAUAUACGUACAUAUGUUAUAUAGGCUCUUCUUCUGGCAUCCUCUUUGUGAUAGGGCAGGACAGAAUGCCUCACUGGGACUGAAGCUGGGCUCGGGAGGGAUCCCAGUUAAGGGGCAGCUUGUGAUGUCCAGAAGCGCCUCAGAUGAGAUGGGCUGUGUGACAACUUAGCUGUGCAAUAACAGUUCAUUGAGAAUUGCUAGAGCGCUGAAGGCUGAGAAGUCCAACGUGUAGGAAUGCCCUCUGCCCCCUUUUCAAAACCGUCUCCACAGGAGUCCAUUCCUGAAGAUCACUUGUGUCUCCUUCUUCCUUUUCUACCUGUGCAGCCCACUUGAUCAUGCCAUGUUUCUAGAAGCUGGGACUGUACCACCACCAAAACAACCCUUUCAGCUCUGUUCUGGUGCCAGAACAGCUCCUGGUGUUAGGUUGUAGAAGAGCCUUGGAGUGGUCAGCAGAGCCCAGAAAGCUUGAAGGAAGGGACUUUCAGUUAACCAGCCCUGUGUUAACUAUGAGUUAGCCCCAUUUACUUGAGAUAUCAAAACUGGUACCAGAUUUGUGGCCCUGCUGUUCUGAAUAAGCUGUGUGUCCCAAAGCUUUUUCAGUUAAGGUGGUUCUGCACUAAAGCUGAGGUUCCUUAGGUCAGAUCUCUACUUUGAGAUCUAAUCUGGAAGUGGUUCAGGUAUUCGAAAAUGUCAAGAGAGAAAAUAUCAAGAGAAAAAAUGCCAUAGGUAGUAAAUGCCUAGUGCCAUUGGUGCAAUCCCAGGUUACCUUUCCAGCCACACUAGGUACCUUGGUGCUUGAAUCCUGGUUAGCUGCCGUCCCAGAGAUUACUUUGUCUUCCUAGCUUCAUACAGCAAGAGCCUGCUGUUGUAUCCUAAUGGGCUUCAGCAGGCCCACAAAGAAGGGCUCCUUCCUUGUGGCUGGGAGUAAACAGCAUUUAUAAAGUCUUCUCAACACAGCACAGUUGCCUGUUGCUGCGAGGGAAGGCUGGCUGCAUUGACAGCAGUGCCAGAGGACACCAUAGCUUAUUCCUGAACCUAGGUUUUGAAGAUUAUUGUAAGUUCUGGUAAUAGGGACAAGAAAAUCCGAAAAUAUGUAUACCUCUGCCCCCACCGUUAUCUGCAGCACGUCAGAACAUGCUGUUUGCUGUUAACAGCACUCUCAUUUUGCAGGAAGCCACAUUCAUCUGGGGUAGGUGAUCCAGUCACAAAGACACUGUGGUGGUUGUAAGGUUCUUCACCAGGGAGGUCUGGAUGCUGUUCCAUGGGAUUGGUUUCAGCAAGAAGAGUUGGCUUCUUAGAUGCAUGUACCUUGUCGUAACUACCUUGAAGUAACCAGGGAAGUGUUUGCCCUGUGAGAAGCUGCUAAAUUUUUUAGUUGAAGGAGCAAAAUGUCAUGGCCUUACACAUCAUGUGGUAAUGUACUGGUAAAUAGGGAUGCUGUCUUUACUGCUUUGCUUUUGGCUUAUAUGGUCUUCACCAUCCUCACCCUUGCUGCCCCAGGAACAUAUGGUCACAGUAUUUGGUAAAAGUGAUGCAACACCUUUAUAUAUAAAAUUACUGUGGCUUAGCUCCAGUUCCUGGAAAUGGGGAUUAGCCACAGUAUCCACCCAUUGUACCCACUGCUCCUGUUCCUGAUUAACUGUUAAAUCCCAGGACACCUGGGACAGCAUGUGCCUGUGAAUGGAAAAAUCCUAUUUUCCCUAUCCUUGUUUUAGAGGGACGUUAUUAAUUUAAAAAUACAGUAUUUUAAACUUGUUCCUUGCUCAUUUUACCUUGCAUUAACACAGGGAUUUGAUAAAUUCCGUUUGGGUAGUUUGGGUAUUUUUUUGUUCAGUUUGCAUGGUGAAAAUCCCAUGUCCCUUUACAAUGGGCUGCAGUGUCUCAGCUUCAGUCAUCGUAGGGGGCAAAUGUUGUUUACACGUCUGCUAUUGGAAGUUUAGAAAAUAACCAUGGGAAAGCUUGUAUUUAGUUUGUACCUUCUACCUUGGAGAUUGUCUAAGCUUGGGCAAAUUGUCUCUCAUUCACUGGUUUAUCAGGACAGAGGGAUUGAGCGAGUGCAGUAGUAAGGAAGGGAGUAUGGAGGGAAGCGUAUGAGACUUCGGCUUCUUUCCUGCUACCUAACCAAGCUGGAGCAGAAGGAGUUGCUCUCUAUGCACUUAAGGUCCUGUCUACUCAAACUGACACUCAGCAGUCAAGGUGCAGAACUUGGGUACAUCCUCUUGUCCUGCAAGGGACAGUGCUCUAACUUAGUGUUGCCAUCAGAUUGGUGGGAGAAUCCCACAAUGAAUCUGGAGGCUGAUCCCAAGGCCUGACCUCCCCCUGGACAGGAGCCUGUUCCACCAGUAGAAAGCACGUAUUGCAUGACCCUGCCUCUCUCUGCUAUUGUAGAGUGAGCAGCUGCCAGUUUGGGAGAGAAAAACACAAUUUGGGUGGGGAAGAGAAGGAAGCAAGCUGCACAGACGAGGGAGUGCUUUAAUUUUGUUUCAUUUAUAGAAAUCGUGGGAAAUGGCUUUACUAAGGAGUGGGAAGUGCGGAGGUGGAGGGAAAUAUGCAAGCAUAGAUCUUGUGAUCACCAUAAACAGGCAACUUCUGUUGGCUUGCUGAGGGUAAACCAGCAGCUCCUAGGCUGGUCUCUGGUGUGCUGGCUGGUAACCCCUGCUCACACUUCCAGCUCCUACCCAAGAGCUUGUCCCCUGCAGCAACACUUAAUGGGAACAGGCCCCAGGCACCUGUGCAACCCAGAACAUGGAAAAUGGUUUGUGGGCCUCUUGCCCAUGUUCUCAGCUGUAGUGUUUAUUUUCAGAUGAAGUGAGGUAGAAUGGCUGGGGAAUAGAACCUAAGAGAUGUCUGCUCGAUGAGGUUUUUUUGAGGGAGGAGGGAGCAAGGCCUCACUUUCCUGAUUAUCAAGCAGUUGCUACUCAUUUGUGUUUGUCUUCAUUUUGUGGUUGGGAAGGAUCGGGAAGGCUUUUGGGCUGAGAUUAAAAAAAAAAGGAACAAAAAUAAAAAUUAACCUCACCCCCAAAACCCCUCCCAAACGAUCAGAAAACCCAACAAAACCUCAAUUGCACCAUCCUGUCUCAUAUGAGCAAGGGCUGAGGCUUAAAGAUCUUUCAGUGGUGAGCUCCGCUCUGUCUUGGAACAUUAAUUACCUCUGAGCAGAGAGUGGCCUCUUUGGCUGUUGCCGUAGGUAGGUGCAGCCUGGAUCUUGGCUCAGAUCCCAAGGGCUCAGCCUUGCAGGGUGUAACACAGCACAUUACUGGGGUUUUUGAAUCUAUAUUUUUGUUCUGAUGGGGCCACAGCCACUUUCCCUCCCCCCCCAGCCCCACCGUGUUUGGCAGAGGAAUUCAAAGGGAGGUAUUUCUUCCCAUUUAACACUCCUGACAUAAUCAUCUCGUGCUCGUACAUGCUGAUCGUGGGAUAUUCAAGAACAUCAAAACACUUUAGUUACACUGGGAAAACAAAAAAUAGCACUUAUUUUAAAGGUUUCAGUUAUUUUUGGAGUCUGAUACGUUAAAGAAGGGCAUUUCAGAAACUGACACGAUUAAAGUACAAUAGAAAAAAAUCCUUACUCCCUUUCAAUUGCAUAGUUUAAAAAAAUGAAGAAAAUUGAACCUACUUCAGUGUUUACAGCCCAAGAGUGGCAGAACUGGACCAGCCUGAGAGAACCAGGAAGUGAAGCUGACACAGUCUCCAGUCAGGAUCUGCAUGCUGAAGCUCAGCUCAGAGGGUGAGCCAGCUUGAAUUGGGUGAGAAGCUGCCCUGCGGGAGGGUGGUCAGCAGCAUUGGUGGAUGAGAUGGGUUUGUGUGGUUUUGCUUUAAAUAGCUUGCAUCUCCCCACUACUACUGCAUAAGAGGUGAAAAACAAAGCCAGGAGGAGAGAUGUGCUGUAGCAUGUCAGCCUGUGGAGUUGUUGCCAAGUUAAAACUGAAGGAGUUUGGGAAGGAGAAGAGCUUAAUGCAUUGUUAUCCCUUUUCUUAACCACCAGGGAACUUACUGUGUAGAAGGAUGCUUACCCAGCAAGCAUGCUGCUUGUUCACCACUCAGACAUCUCCCCUGAGGUUUCUGCUUGGCCUUUCAGCUCUGGCGUGGUGAACUGUUUAAUGCAUCUGAAGCCUUUAUUUGGCCUUUCAGCACAGGGAGAAGUGUCAGGAAGAAAUCUAUCCCACGUGUUCUAGGAGUAAACAUCCUAAGAUGCUCCCAGAAGUGGAUGACUUGGGUCAGUACUAAGGAGUAGGGCUGAGAAAGCAACAGGCUCAGCCCUUGGAAGUCAUCUGGGAUGGCCAAAUCACUUGUGGUGAAGAAAAGGGAACCCAAGGAGGGGGGUAACGAAAAGCUGUAACUGCACAGAGGUAUGCUGCAGGCUCAUGAGCUAUGCAUUCAUGACUGGGCUGUAAGGAAGCUCAUGCUUCAUUUAGGUGAUUUAGCAGAUACCAGCAUGCUUGCUGUGUAAAAAAAUCAAUUUCCAACUGGUUGGACACACAGAUUUCCUCGCUGACCUUUUCAGAACACAUUUGUGAAACCUGGUGUUACUGUUCCGAUAGCAGUUGUUUAAAGGAAAAAAAUCUGCCUUAUUACUCUCUCCAGAUAACUAAUUAAAUCAGUGUCACUUUCUGGGUUCUGUAUAUAAAUGCAAUAAGCCCCAUCCAUUUUGCACGUCCUGCCUCACCCUGUCGUCAUCCUCCAGUCCUUACCAGGGAACUGCAGAUCAAACUUGCUCUUUGUGAAAACCUUUGCUUGCAGAAGAACUUAGGGAACCUUUAGUCUCUGAUACACAUUGGAAACGCAGGGAGGAUUCCUAGAGCAGGCUUCAUUUUAAGGCUGUAUUUUUAUACAGGAAAUAAGCCUUUCUCCAAUCCUUCAUCCCCUCCUCUUGCCCUUGCACACCAGGACAGAGCAGCUGCUUCCCACACCUCUGCUCAGGACCCUGUGUGCAGCACUGCUUCCCAACAGGCCCCUGCAGGGGUGUGCAGCUACAUGUACCCACCAGAGCAGGUUCUGCUGAUGUCCGCAUAUGCUUCCCAUGAGCUCUGCUGCUGCUUCUGUCCUCGUGUGAGCAAGGAUGGAGGUGACUGAGCUGUGCUGGGAAAUGUUGUUGAUUCUCCAAUAUGCUUCCUUCCAAAAGAAACCAAGUGAGGUUGGCUGUGGAGCAGAUGUCUGAGAUGCGGUGGGUAGGGUGCUGGUGGUUACUGAUGCAAAUGGAAGGGGAUAUCGGUUGCCUUUGAGCAUUAAUCUUCUUUCCUGUAUGUGUUUUCUUUUUAUCCGAAUUGCACCACUAUGGAAUUAUUUGCAGAAUGGUACUCCAUAUAUAUGUGGGAUUUAAAAACAAAACCAUAAUUGAUGCUGUGCAGGAUGUCACUCAGUUGGUUUUAUUUUGCUUUAUUUUCUAUAUAUUUUCUGGUAUCCUGUACAUUGCAGUGGGUGUGAAGAUAGUAUUUUAAUAUUUGUACAAAGUUUAAUUUAAUUGUUCUAUGUAUAUAACUGCAUUUCUAAAUUAAAAAAAAUCUUUUGAAGUGAA